AACGGUGCUCCAGCGAAAGAAUUUUUCUCGAAGGAUGCAAUUUUUACGAACGUUGGUUAUACACUGAAGGGUGAGGCGUGCUGGGGAUCUCUGCACCAACAGUGUGCAUCAAAUGAACCAAUCUACGAUUGGCUCGGCAAUGAAUGGAGCAACAAAUCGGGACGGUUGGUUAACCGUGGCUAG